AACGAGAAGGAGCACAAGAAGAGGUUGUUAGACGUGGCGCGGGACUGAAAAAGCAUCUCUCGCUCUCUCUCCCACAGCCUGAACCGGAAUUCAAACAAACUUAUUACACAGAUACAUUCUCUCUCACUCACUAGACUCUCGUCGACUUCCUCUCCUAAAACCAUUAAUGGAGAGGAUCAAACUCGUGCCGAAUGUGUUCUUCGCAACUCUUUUCACUGCAGCUUUUCUAUUCACUUUGUCUUCAGGAUUCAAGGAAAAACAGACUUGCAUCAACGACAAGAGCUGUGACAGUGGAUCGCAAUGUGGAACUUGCACCGGAAACGUCAGUGUUCCGCCCCGUUGUAUUCGCGUCCAGCCUCAUAGUCCUGUUCGUAAGGUGAGAGGAUUGCCGUUCAAUCGCUACUCGUGGUUAACGACUCACAAUGCGUUCGCUAGAAUGGGACACAAGUCAGAUACAGGCUCUGUUCUUCUAGCUCCAGUGAACCAGCAGGAUUCAAUUACUGCUCAGCUGAACAAUGGCGUGAGAGGUCUGAUGCUGGAUAUGUAUGAAUUUGAGAACGAUAUCUGGUUAUGUCACUCCUUUCAUGGGAAGUGCUACAACUACACAGCAUUUCAACCUGCUAUCAAUGUUCUGAAAGAGGUUGAAGAAUUCCUAGAAGCAAAUCCUACAGAAAUCAUCACCAUAUUCAUAGAAGACUACGUCACCUCUCAAAGUGGUCUAACCAAGAUCUUCAAAGCUUCAGGCCUGGGCAAGUUCUGGUUUCCAGUAGCUCGAAUGCCAAGCAACGGUAGUAAUUGGCCCACCCUUGAUUCCAUGAUCCAGCAGAAUCAACGGUUGGUAGUAUUCACUUCUAAAUCCUCCAAAGAAGCCUCCGAAGGAAUUGCAUAUAUAUGGAGAUACGUGGUUGAAAAUCAAUAUGGUACGGACGGGAUGAAAAACGGGUCUUGCCCGAGUCGUGCUGAGUCAGCAGUCAUGAACAGUAAAACAAGAUCUCUGGUUUUGUUGAAUCACUUCCCAGACACCCCAGAUUUUAUCGAAGCUUGUAAGCAAAAUUCAGCCCCAUUAAUAACCAUGAUGAAUACUUGCCAUGAUGCUGCUGGCAAACGAUGGCCUAAUUUCAUCGCUGUUGACUUUUACAAGAGGAGUGAUGGUGGAGGUGCCCCUGCUGCUGUAGAUUUCGCUAAUGGGCACCUAGUUUGUGGAUGUAACAACAUUGACUCAUGCAGGGCAAAGAUGACAUUUGGAGACUGUGACCCACGAGAAUCUAGUCCUGCUCCAGCCCCAACAACAUCAGCAUCAUCAGCAUCGAAUUCUGCAUCGGCAUCUGCUGCAGCAAAAGAAGGAGGAGAAGGAUAUAAGAAGAGCUUUGCCAAUUCUGAUUGUGAACAGAUUGAAUUGGAAUGGGUGGUGACGACAGCGUGGAUAGGUAUCAUCUAUUCUCUUCUUUGUAUGUAAAUGUAAGGUAGAUUCCCAGUUUUAAUUCAACGUAAUCAGAAUGUGGUCAUAUAUAGAUAUAAUGCUCUCUGGCUAUAGAUAAUUUUUGUUUUGUAGUCAACUUUUGAACUCGGUCUAAAUACGCUGCGAACAUUCACUUGAG